UAUUUUAGUUGAGCAUACUUAUAGGUAUCCAUUUUAAUUUAAAAAGUAUAUUGCGUACUAAAAAUGAAGGUUGUUGUACUUAUUCUUUUAUGUGCUUUGUAUUAUAUAUCAAACGUCGAAGGAGAUGAUCUAGAAUCAUGUCUCGCAUUUUGUUCUACACUUCCAAUCCAUUUACAAGAGGAAUGUACAACCGCGUGCAUUGAAAGAUAUGGAACUGAAUUACAAGGACACUCUACUUUAAACGAAUGCCUUGGCAUAUGUAAAACUAAGUACAAAAAGUAUUUUGCCCACUGUAAAAAGGUGUGCAUAAAGGCAGUUGAAAAGGUGAAAAUGAAACUAUUUAAAAACUCAGCUAAAGGAAAAGGAUUGGCCAUAGAUGAAGUGGAAUUAACGAAAAGAUUAACAUCAGAUGAUUAA